AUGCUCCUCAAAGCAGCACUGCUACAUCCUUACAAUGAGCUCCUGUACCUCGAUCUGUCUCACAACCAAAUCGCCAAGCUGGAUGCGUUCAAACUGCAAGCGCUAGUAUCAUGGCCCCGAUUAACGCACCUCAAUCUGUCCUUCAACCACAUCAAAACGGUCACGAACCAACUGGGCAAGCUCGAGCAGCUAGUGUGGCUCGAUUUGUCCAACAAUAAGAUACAUCGCGACGCAAAAGCCAUCGUCCUACCGGGUAACAUACAAGAACUGCGGAUGGACAGCAACCAGUUGACGGAUUGGCCGUUCGAUGGUAUACCGUACUCACUGAAAAACCUCUCAUUGCGCUUCAAUGAGCUGCACUCGGUCAAAGCGGCGUCCGGCGUGCAGCGUUUGGAUCUGUCGUAUAAUAAUCUUUCGGACAUGGAAGGAGACUGUUUUCCUUCCCUCGAAGAGCUGGAUCUGUCUAGCAAUUUCUUCAACACUCUGCCGCUACUGAGUAACACGACGGAACCAUGGCCUCUGCGCAAGCUGACCUUCUCUCGUAUGCCAAAUCUGCAAACUAUUGACCGAAACUUCCUUUCGAAAGCAACCAAUUUAAUGGACCUGAAAAUAACGAUCUGCCCAAAGGUAACGCACCUUGAGGAAAAUCUUUUUACGGGCCUGAGUGCAUUGGAAAGGCUAGACUUGAGCUACAACGGUCUUCAACAAAUCCCGGAGCAGCUGGCCGACUGGGGCAAGAUCAAACACGGAGUAAACCUCCAGGGCAAUCCGAUUAACUGCAACUGUUCGAUGCAAUGGAUGUUGGAUCGGUUAAUUCCGGAGAUGAAGCGGCACAGGGAAUUGCACCACCUCUUCACGCGACUCCGCUGUGUCCGACCCACCAUCUUCCACGACCAGCUGCUCGUUCAUCUAACCGCCUAUAACAACGUGCUGUGUCGAUCGACGAGAGAACUUAUCGGAAUGGAGCAUGUCAUUACCAUGGCCGACGAGUCGGAGAAGUGGAUCGUGAUACAGAAGAUCAUACUGGCCGUCCUAGUCGUGUGCAUCGUUAUCGUUGCUUGCUAUCUUAUAUACUUAAAAAGGAAACCCCGCUACACGGUGGUGCCGAAAAUUAUAUGGACGUAUAAAGCGGGUAUGUAACGAAGGAUUGGAGCCAUUACCGCAUCCCUGGUUUCCCUAAGCUUAGUCGAAAGUGUGCGACAUAAGUGACGCCAGGUACCACAGUGCCGAGUAUCUCGGUCUAUUUCGAAUUGAUAGCAUU